UUGACCUCCCUUUUUUAUUCCGCGUCAAGGCUAUCUUGACCGCAGCCAAUCUUGCUGAAUUUGUACCGAACGUGCUUAAAUCUCACAUCCGGCCUCCAACACGACUUCACUGGACCAAAACAUCCUUCGUUUCAUCUUUUAUGUCCGGUUCACGUGGGCUCGGUUGCACGUCGUAGCGACCUCAGCCUAGCUUUAGCUUCGUUUAGCUUGCUAGCCACUAGCAAAGCGACACGUUCGCGCUGGGCGGCGAUCGAGUGUGAACUUAUUAAAGUGUUGGAAUUGUCGUGUGAAAAUGUGUGCGGCGACCACCGCAGACUACCAGGAGGAACUUUGUGGCGCAAAAGACGAGAACGAUCCACCGCGUCAACUGCUGGAUGACGUUAGCAAGCUGCAGCAGACAGCAGACAUCAGCGAAAAUCAUCAUCCAGAGUGGCGGCACGUUAAAGAGGAAGAGGAGGAAAAAUAUUUUCAUCACAUUAAAGUGGAGGAGGAGGAGGAGCGACAGUUUUUAAAUAUUAAAGAGGAAGAACAGGAGGAAAUCUACAAGGUUCAUUUGACUGGUGUCUCUUUGAAGAGUGAAGAUGAAGGUCAAAGUGAGGAGAACCGAGGGGCGGAGCCUCCCAGCACCGGCUCGAGUCAACGCCUGAAAACAGAAGGCGGUGAUAACCACUGUGGAGGAUCCCAAGCAGACGGACUCUUAGCUCCGCUGUCAGAUCGCGACGACACUUCGUCAGACUCCUCUCACGCCUCUGAUGAUGACAGUGAGGAUGAUGAUAGCGAUGAUGAUGAUGAUGAUGAUGAUGACGACGAUGGCGAUAUGUGUCAUCCUGACAACAAAUCCUGUAAAUGUUCUCAGUGUGAGAAAAUGUUUGCUUCUCAGAGGAAUUUAGAGCGACACAUGAAAAUACACACCGGGGAGAAGCCGUACGCCUGCUCCGAUUGCGGCCAGAGGUUCUCGCAGAAAGGAACCUUAAAAAGCCACACGACAACUCACACUGGCGAGAAACCGUUUGCCUGCUCAAUUUGCGCGCGAAGCUUCUCUCAAAAGGGAAACUUAUUAAGACACUCGAGAACCCACACUGGUGAGAAGCCUUUUACCUGUCCAGUUUGUGGUCAAAGAUUUUCUUAUAAGGCACACUUAAAAAGACACGCAAGAAUGCACAGUGGUGAGAAACCUUUUCCCUGUUCAGACUGUGGAAAAAGAUUCUCCUGGCAGGGAGCCUUAAAAAUACACGCAAGAACGCACAAUGGGGAGAAACCUUUUUCCUGCUCUGUUUGUGAGCAAAGAUUCACUGAGAAGGGAGCCUUAAAAAUGCACGCAAGGACGCACACUGGAGAGAAACCUUUUUCCUGCUCGGAUUGCGGCAAAAGUUUCACCCAAAAUGGAACCUUAAAAAGACACAUGAGAACGCACACUGGAGAGAAACCUUUUGAGUGCUCUGAUUGCGGGCAACGAUUCACCCAGAAGGGAGGCUUAAAAAUCCAUACAAGAACGCACAAGGGAGAGAAACCUUUGUCCUGCUUGGAUUGUGGGCAAAGAUUCGUGCAGAAUGGAAAUUGAUUUUAAAAAAAUAAUGGUAAUAAUCACACAAGCGCACACACUGGUGAGAAACCCUAUUCCUACUCAUUGGUGCGCAAAGAUUUACUCAUCAGCGUCAGUGUGAUCAAUGAAAGUCAGUUUCAUCGGGUCACGCACAAAGGAUGAUUGAAUUCUUGUGGACAUCAACACUCGUAGCAAAACAUUUGCCUUGUGUGAUGUUUUUGUGAUCCAUCCAUCCGUUGUCUGAGCUGCUUGUCCUCAAAAGGGUUGCAGGAGUGCUGGACCCUUACCCAGCUCUCAUUGGGCAGGAGGCGGGGUACACCCUGAACUGGUUGCCAGCCAAUCGCAGGGCACAUAGAAACAAACAACCAAUCACACUCACAAUCACACCUAGGUGCAAUCUCGAGUGUCUAAUUAAUUUUGGAAUGUGGGAGGAAACCAGAGUGCCCGGAGAAAACCCACACAGGCGCGGGCAGAACAUGCAAACACAUGUGCAGAGACUGGACAAAAUAUACUGCAAUACUCAGGGAUGAGAAUUUUCCACGGGUCCGCGGAAUUCAGAGUUUUUUGAGCUGAAAUUGUCAUUUUUGUGAAACGUGUAAAUCCGUUGAGAAAAUAUGCAGGGGUACGACUUGACGCGGGGCGAGGCUGUGAUCAAGACCGACCGCCGGCAUCUAUCGGCAACGCUUGUCGUGAAAUUAGCCACAGCUGUGAUCACGGAAAACGGCACUGCGAAAUGCUUACAGCAUUGCUAUCUGUUUGCAUUCAUUUUAGUGUUUAUAAUAACGACAGCAUUCCGAUUUCCGGCAGCAUUUUGCCGGUAUCUCGUCGGGAUUUUCACUCUGAUGUUAACGUUUCAUAAAGAAGCAUUCUGUUUACUACGGCAUAGUUAUAACUUAUAGACAUACGUACGCAUGUGUUAUCGAGCGGUCUGCAGGUAUGGUAUGGUGAAAGUCUCGGAGCGGAAAGAUGAAGAUCGUGCCAGGGAAAGUGAUAAAACCAGGGGGUAAAAAAAAAAAAAAAACUGUUUCAGAUGGACACAGCUUGAAAAAAAGUCUAA